GGCACAUCUGAAGGCAUGGCGUUCCGGGGGAUUUGCCUGGUGGUUGGAGUGUUUAUUUGUUCCAUCUCUGUGAACGGAUCUUCCCAGCCACAAGCAAGAGUGUAUUUAACAUUUGAUGAACUUCGAGAAACCAAGACUGCUGAGUAUUUUAGCUUAUCCUCCCUCCCGCUAGACUACAGGAUAUUACUAAUGGAUGAAGACCAAGAUCGGAUAUAUGUGGGCAGCAAAGACCACAUUCUUUCCUUGAAUAUUAACAAUAUAAGUCAAGAACCUUUGAGUGUUUUCUGGCCAGCGUCUGCAAUCAAAGUUGAAGAGUGCAAAAUGGCUGGCAAAGAUCCCACACACGGCUGUGGGAACUUCGUACGUGUCAUUCAGACGUUCAACCGCACGCACCUGUACGUCUGUGGGAGUGGCGCCUUCAGCCCCGUCUGCACGUAUUUAAACAGAGGGAGGAGGUCUGAGGAUCAAGUCUUCGUGAUCGACUCCAAGUGCGAAUCCGGGAAAGGACGCUGCUCCUUCAACCCCAGCGUGAACACGGUGUCUGUGAUGAUCAAUGAGGAACUUUUCUCUGGGAUGUACAUAGAUUUCAUGGGGACGGAUGCGGCCAUUUUUCGAAGUUUAACCAAGAGAAAUGCAGUCAGAACUGACCAACACAAUUCUAAAUGGCUCAGUGAGCCCAUGUUUGUGGAUGCUCAUGUCAUUCCCGACGGCACUGAUCCCAAUGAUGCUAAGGUGUACUUCUUCUUCAAAGAGAAACUGACGGACAACAACCGGAGUACCAAGCAGAUUCAUUCCAUGAUUGCCAGAAUCUGUCCUAAUGACACGGGUGGGCUGCGCAGCCUGGUCAACAAGUGGACCACCUUCUUAAAAGCAAGGCUGGUGUGCUCCGUCACAGAUGAAGAUGGCCCGGAAACUCACUUCGAUGAGCUAGAGGAUGUAUUUCUCCUGGAAACUGAUAAUCCAAGGACAACACUGGUAUAUGGCAUUUUUACAACAUCUAGCUCAGUUUUUAAAGGCUCAGCAGUGUGUGUGUAUCAUUUCUCUGACAUUCAGACUGUGUUUAAUGGACCAUUUGCCCACAAGGAAGGACCCAACCAUCAGCUCAUUUCCUACCAGGGCAGGAUUCCUUAUCCUCGCCCUGGAACUUGCCCCGGAGGAGCGUUUACGCCUAACAUGCGAAGCACCAAGGAGUUUCCAGAUGACGUGGUCACGUUCAUCCGGAACCACCCGCUCAUGUACAACUCCAUCUACCCCAUUCACCGACGGCCUCUGAUCGUGCGCAUCGGCACCGACUACAAGUACACGAAGAUCGCCGUGGAUCAGGUGCACGCGGCCGACGGCCGCUACCGCGUGCUGUUCCUCGGGACGGACCGAGGCACUGUGCAAAAGGUGGUUGUCCUUCCUACGAACAAUUCUGCCAACGGCGAACUCAUUCUGGAAGAGCUAGAAGUCUUUAAGAAUCGUGUUCCCAUAACAACCAUGAAAAUUUCAUCCAAAAAGCAACAGUUAUAUGUGAGCUCCAAUGAAGGGAUUUCCCAAGUAUCCCUGCAUCGUUGCCACAUCUACGGCACGGCCUGCGCUGACUGCUGCCUGGCCAGGGACCCAUACUGUGCCUGGGAUGGCAAGUCCUGCUCCAGAUUCUACCCAACGGGCAAGCGGAGGAGUCGGAGACAGGACGUGAGACAUGGCAACCCACUGACCCAGUGCAGAGGGUUUAAUCUCAAAGAAUAUAGAAACGCAGCUGAAAUUGUUCAGUACGGAGUGAAAAAUAAUACCACGUUCCUCGAGUGUGCCCCCAAGUCUCCCCAGGCAUCCAUCAAGUGGUUGUUACAGAAAGACAAGGACAGGAGGAAAGAGGUUAAGCUGAACGAACGCAUCAUUGCCACAUCCCAAGGACUCCUGAUCCGUUCAGUUCAAGAUUCUGACCAAGGGCUGUAUCACUGCAUUGCCACCGAAAACAGCUUCAAGCAGACCAUAGCCAAGAUCAACUUCAAGGUGUUAGAUUCCGAAACGGUGGCUGUCGUAACAGAAAAAUGGUCCCCGUGGACCUGGGCCAGCUCCAUGAGGGCCCUCCCCUUCCACCCCAAGGACAUCAUGGGGGCAUUCAGCCACUCCGAAAUGCAGAUGAUCAACCAAUACUGCAAAGACACUCGGUCUCAACACCACCACCAUGGCGAGGAGACACAGAGGAUGAGGGGGGACUACGGCAAGCUUAAGGCGCUCAUCAGCAGCCGGAAAAGCAGGAACAGGAGGAAUCAGUUGCCUGAGUCAUAAUCGACUCUCCCAAUGUGGGUUAAGCCUCUGACAACAAAUGCUCAGU